AUGCCCUCGGCAUCUCAAUCCUCACAGCAGUCCUUCACCAUGAGUCAACCAUCACAAUCGUUUCGCGGCUACAAUGGCUCUGGCUCUCCCCAGAUAUACUCGGCCUCAUACUCGGGUGUCGACGUCUACGAAAUGGAAGUAAAUAGCAUUGCCGUCAUGCGCCGUCGCAAAGACUCGUGGGUAAAUGCCACCCAGAUCCUCAAGGUCGCCGGCGUCGACAAAGGCAAGCGCACAAAGAUUCUCGAAAAGGAGAUACAGACGGGCGAGCACGAAAAAGUCCAGGGAGGCUACGGCAAAUAUCAGGGCACCUGGAUCCGCUUCGAACGCGGUGUCGAGGUCUGUCGCCAGUACGGCGUCGAGGAGAUGCUCCGCCCGCUCCUCACCUACGACAUGGGCCAGGACGGAGGCAUCGCCGGCCGCGGGGACCUCAACACCCCGACGAAGGAGCAAGCCAUGGCCGCUCAGCGCAAGCGCCUCUACAAUAACUCGGCCGCCGACACCCGCCCCAACGGUGUGUCGGGCACCUUUUUCAAGAACAUAUCUACUACCGCCUCGCACGCUGUCGCCGCCAUCAGCAAGGCUCGCUUCGACUCGCCCGGUCCAAGGGGCCGGAACGGACCCGCCCGCGCAGGCAGCUUUGCCCGCCAGUCCUCUUUCCAAAGCAACAAUGAUGACUUUCCUGGAAACUCGCAGCAGAGCUACAUGUCCGAUUACAACAAUAACAGCCAGCCUCCGCCGGCCUCCGCGUCCGACUCCUCCUACCAACAGCAACAGCAGCAGCAGCAGCAGCAGCAGCAGCGCCCAUCAUCCCAACAGGCCGCUGAGUCUGAACCCCCUCGCAAGCGUAAGCGCACUGCCAUGACCCCUGUCGACGGCUUUAGCGCGGGCACCGGAUAUGGUCAGAACGUGGACGUGUACGCAUCAGCCUUCCCCGGGUCGCCUACGGAGCCCAACGAGUCCUUCGUGUACACACAACAGAGCGCCGCCAUGCACGACCAGACUCCCGAGGAGGACGCCAACGGGUCUCUCCCGCCGCUGGCAUACGAGGAGUCGCCCGACGUCAACAACAAGCGCAACCUGCUCAUGGGCCUAUUCAUGGACGACGGUGCCUCAGACAACUUCAAUCAGGACAUGCUGUGCUCGUUCGCCCCCGCGGAGCUAGACAUCCCCAUCGACAGUCAGAGCCACACGGCCCUGCACUGGGCGGCCACUCUGUCGCGCAUGCCCCUCCUCCGUGCGCUCAUCGCCGCAGGCGCCUCCCCCCAUCGCGUCAACCUGUCUGGCGAGACGGCCCUGAUGCGCGCCUGUCUGGUGACCAACUCGAUGGACCACGGGUCAUUCCCUGACCUCCUCGAGGUCCUCGGCAGCACCAUCGAAUCCCGGGACCACAAGGGCCGCACCGUCCUGCACCACAUUGCCGUCACCAGCGCCGUCAAGGGCCGCAGCUCAGCGAGCAGGUACUACCUCGAGAGCCUGCUAGAGUGGGUCGUUCGCCAGGGCAGCGUUCCCGGCAGCCAGAGCCAGCAGACCAAUGGCAAUCUGCCCAGCAGUGGCAGCAACUCGCAGCCCAAGAUGGGCAUCGCGAGAUUCAUGACGGAGAUCGUCAACGCCCAGGACAGCGCGGGCGACACGGCGCUCAACAUUGCCGCCCGUAUAGGCAACAGGAGUAUCGUCUCGCAGCUGCUCGAGGUUGGCGCCGACCCCGAGAUCUCCAACCGCGCAGGGCUGCGACCUCUCGACUUUGGUAUCGGCGGGGACUCGGCAGAUGACAAGGCCGUCGUCAAUGGGGAGAGCAAGACUGAUGUCAACGGCGCUGUCACCAACCCGCGUGCUCCAAUCACACACCUUCUGACGGAGACGAGCUCGUCCUUCCAUCAAGAACUGAAAUCGAAACAAUCGUCCAUCGACUCCCUGCACACGGCGCUCCGCACCACAUCGGCCCAGCUGGCAGAUGCCCGCCGCAAUGCCGACCAGCUCGCCGCCGCGCUCAAGAAGCAGCAGGUAGCCCGGCAGAUGAUUGCCAACCUGGCGUCGAUCCGGCAGGACGACCAGAUGCGCGCCAUGCAGGAGCAGCGUGACGCGGCCUCGACGUCGUGGGAGACGGAGCUGUCGACCAUUCUCGAGGCGGCGUCAUCGGGCAACCAGCCCCCGGCCAGCGGCUUCCUGCCUUCGGCGAGCGUGCUGAGGAAGCGCCUCGAGGCCCUGGGCGGGUCGGUCAAAGCCACGCGGGCCAUGGUCAACGGACUCAAGAGCAGGAGCAGGGAUGUCGAGGUGAAAUAUCGAAGAGUCGUGGCACUGUGUACCGGUGUCGCGGAGAAUGAGGUCGACGCCGUGGUCGACGGGCUACUCAAGGCGGUGGAGAGUGAGAAUGAUCUCGAUAUCGGACGUGUGAGACGAUUCUUGGGUGGUGUCGAGGGUGCAACUGUCUGA